AGCCUCGCUGAGCCCCACAGAUCCGUGCUGGAGGGUCCCACCGUAUUCCAGGCGGUGGCAGCGGAUGGCUGUGGUCGACUCUGCCUAUUCCUGAUUGGUCAGGUGUGGGGUCUUUUCUCUGGGAGCCGGUGGGGAGGGGAGAAGCUCGGACACCUGCAGGCUGGGCUAGAAGCUGUUUACCAUUCCCUGGACUGGUUGGCGUGGACAUGAGGAUGACGGAGCGGCCGCCGAGCGAGGCGGCCCGCAGUGACCCCCCGCUCGAGGCUCGGGACGCGGCCGAAGCCCGCAUGGCUCCCCCGCACCUGGUCCUGCUCAACGGAGUCGCCAAGGAGACGAACCGCACGGCUCCCGCGGACCCCCCGGUCAUCGAGCUGGGCGCGCGCAGCGUGGGGGGCGGCCCGGUCGGCGGGGGCGGCGCAGCGCGGGACGCCAAGACCCGUGAGGCCGCAGCGGCCGAAGCGCGCCUUCGGGUGCCGGUGCCCACCACCGAGCUGUGCCGCCCACCCGCGCCCGCGCCCGUGCCCGCCGAGCUGCCUCCGGACGGCCGCAUGGUGCAGCUGAGCCCGCCCGCGCUUGCCGCGUCCGCCGGGCCCGGCCGGGCGCUCCUCUACAGCCUGGGCCAGCCGUUGGCGUCGCUCGGCAGUGGUUUUUUUGGGGAGCCUGAUGCCUUCCCUAUGUUUGCCGCCAACAACCGAGUGAAGAGGAGGCCCUCCCCUUAUGAGAUGGAGAUCUCCGACGGUCCCCAUACGAAAGUGGUGCGGCGCAUCUUCACCAACAGCCGGGAGCGUUGGCGGCAGCAGAAUGUAAAUGGGGCCUUCGCAGAGCUGCGAAAGCUCAUCCCCACUCAUCCACCAGACAAGAAGCUCAGCAAGAAUGAGAUCCUCCGCCUGGCAAUGAAGUACAUCAACUUCCUAGCCAAGCUGCUCAACGACCAGGAAGAGGAGGGCAGCCAGCGGGCCAAACCUGGCAAGGACUCCGUAGUGGGGGCAGGUGGCGGUGGCGGGGGCGGUGCACCCCCCGAGGACCUCCUGCAGGACGUACUUUCCCCCAACUCCAGCUGUGGCAGCUCCCUGGAUGGGGCAGCCAGCCCGGACAGCUACACAGAGGAGCCGGCGCCCAAGCACACGGCCCGAGGCCUCCAUCCUGCCUUGCUGCCUGCCACGGACGGAGCUGGCCCCCGGUGAUGGGCUGGGGCCCGGGACUGGCCAGACUGGUGUCCUCAGGCCUGUGGGACUGGGGUCUUCAGGGCAGGUGGGGUGAGGAUUGGACAGCUCUGAAGCAGGGCAGUGAACUUGACCUUUCUUUG